UUUUUUUUUUUUUUUUUUUUUUUUUUUUCCUUCGCUUCGCAUUUUUUGUCAAACCCUAAUCCCAAAUCGAAGCCCCAUUUCAAUCUCAACAUCCAGAAAUCAAUCUCACGCAUUCACUCAUCCUUCAACCGAUUCUUUAUUGGAAUCCUCAUCUACUUUCCUCCAAUUUUUCCUUUUUAAUUUUUUUUUCCCUCCCACAAAAUUCGGCCAUGUCUACGAUAUCGGAGCUUAGUUGAAUCUAAGAUAAUGAUCAUAUUAUUGGCGUUGUUUCGCACCUACUUUUUUAUGGGUUUGAGCAAUGCCGGUGCUUCGCAGAGGUGUGCGCAGAGGCCGCGCUAGGAUCGUUCAGAAUCGCUUUGAGGAGCCUCCGCGGCCUGGAAAUUACGUCAAGACACGGGCUGCGGUCGCUAGAGAAGCUGCGGAGGCGAGACCCAGGCCGAGAACAAGAUUGGCAAUCAAAGAAUUAAAUAACAAUCAGGACGAUCAGGUGAUUGUUAUAUCUGAGAGGGAUACUGGUUUGGAGGACAGAAAGGUGCAAGGGCUUGAGGAAGAACAAGAAGACAAGGGUGCGAUGGGUGAUGAAAGUGGCGGCUUGAGUGCUAAUAAGGCUGCUGGCAUAGAGGAAGAGGGUAGUUCAGCGCCUUUUCCGGAGAAGGUCCAAGUAGGAGGGUCACCACUGUAUAAAAUAGAGAGAAAACUGGGUAAAGGUGGAUUCGGGCAAGUAUUCGUUGGUCGUCGGCUUACAGGUGGAAAUGAUCGUGCAACUGGUGCUGCAGCUAUUGAGGUUGCUCUGAAAUUUGAACACAGAAAUAGCAAAGGUUGUAAUUAUGGUCCUCCAUAUGAAUGGCAAGUUUACAAUGCCCUUGGUGGUAGUCAUGGAGUACCAAAAGUACACUAUAAGGGUCGACAAGGAGACUAUUACGUAAUGGUAAUGGACAUGUUAGGCCCCAGCUUGUGGGAUGUAUGGAAUUCUUCAGGGCAGGCCAUGUCUGCAGAAAUGGUAUCUUGCAUUGCUGUGGAAUCAUUAUCAAUCUUGGAUAAGAUGCAUGCAAAAGGUUAUGUGCAUGGAGAUGUAAAACCAGAGAACUUUUUGCUCGGUCAACCUUCUACAGCACAAGAGAAAAAAUUGUUUCUUGUUGACCUGGGAUUAGCAACUAAAUGGAAAGACAGCUCUACUGGACAGCAUGUUGAAUAUGACCAACGGCCUGAUAUGUUUAGAGGAACUGUUCGGUAUGCUAGUGUUCAUGCACAUUUGGGCAGAACUGCUAGUAGAAGAGACGAUCUUGAAUCUCUUGCAUACACUCUCAUAUUUCUCCAUCGGGGAAGGUUACCAUGGCAAGGCUAUCAGGGUGACAACAAAUCCUUUCUGGUUUGCAAAAAAAAGAUGGCAACAUCUCCUGAAAUGUUGUGCUGCUUCUGCCCCCCACCUAUUAAAGAAUUUCUUGAAAUCGUGGUGAACAUGAAAUUCGAUGAAGAACCCAAUUAUUCUAAGCUAAUAUCUUUAUUUGAGGGUUUUCUUGGGCCAAAUCCAGCAGUAAGACCCAUAAAAACUGAUGGUGCCCAGAAGAUUAUCAGUCAAGUUGGACAAAAGCGUGGCAGGCUGAAUAUUGGAGAAGAAGACGAUGGGCAGCCAAGAAAGAAAGUUCGUUUAGGUGUUCCUGCUACACAGUGGAUUUCAAUUUACAAUGCUCGGCUGCCAAUGAAGCAAAGGUAUCAUUAUAAUGUGGCUGAUGCAAGGUUGUCACAACAUGUAGAAAGAGGAAUUGCAGAUGGUUUACUUAUUAGUUCUGUGGCAUCUUGUUCAAAUCUUUGGGCAUUAAUCAUGGAUGCUGGAACUGGUUUUACAAAUCAAGUCUACGAGCUCUCUCCCUUUUUCUUGCACAAGGAAUGGAUAAUGGAACAGUGGGAAAAGAACUAUUACAUCAGUUCUAUUGCUGGCGCUAAUAAUGGAAGCUCCCUCGUGGUGAUGUCAAAAGGGACCCAAUAUACCCAACAGUCGUACAAAGUGAGUGAUUCUUUCCCCUUCAAAUGGAUAAACAAGAAAUGGAGAGAGGGAUUUCACGUGACCUCAAUGGCAACCGCAGGAAGCCGAUGGGGUGUUGUCAUGUCACGCAAUGCUGGUUUUAGUGACCAGGUUGUGGAGCUUGAUUUCCUCUAUCCAAGUGAGGGCAUCCAUAGACGAUGGGAUAAUGGGUACCGAAUAACAUCAACAGCUGCAACUUGGGAUCAAGCAGCUCUUAUUUUGAGUGUUCCUAGGCGCAAACCUGGUGACGAGACUCAAGAAACACUGCGCACAUCUCAGUUUCCCAGCACCCAUGUAAAGGAAAAAUGGGCGAAGAAUCUGUAUCUUGCAUGCCUGUGUUAUGGAAGAACUGUAGCUUAAAUCACAUAUUAUCAUCAUCCUCCAACGAAUUCGCAAAGAAAGCAGCAGCAGCAGCAGAUUUUGUUGUUUGGUGGCCGUCUCGUCUCAUCUGAUGAUGAUAAUAGUUGUUGUUGCAUUGCCUGUAUUUUUAGCAUGCGAGAGUACAUGCCCUUGUUUGUAUAUUAAAUUGGUUCCUCCGUCAAAGCUGUGUACAAAUGGCGCUUUCUUUCUCGGUUUCAAUUUAGUCCCUAAAUUUUACCAAA